AUGCGGCGUGCAGCGCGGGCGGGCUGCGGGGCACGUGUAGCGGCCGGCGCUGGCACGUUUUCCGGCGGGCGCGGGGCGCCGCCGCACGCCGCCCGGCACGUGGUGCGUCGUGAUCUCCUCAAUCCCGCCUCCUGGCCAGCGCGCCGCCUGGACCGACACGGCUACAUCGACAUGGGCAUCGACACUAUGCCCGUCCCGCUACCGCCGCAACCGCUGCAGCAGGCGCAUCCGCCCUCCCGUGCGGUUGACCGUUGCUUUCUAGAACCCCCAGCGCCCGCGCAUGCCCGCUAUUACUCAGGUAUUUAUUUCAUUCCUAGAGAUCUUCUGAGGCAUAAGACGGUCACUUCAGCGUUCAAGUAA